AUGGAUUCACAAUCCAGCAGGCAAUCGUCCAGGCGGCGGUCCGAAGACCACGUUCACCCCCGACACCGAUCAACGGCACCGUCCCCUCCCAGCCGAGCGCCGGUCCAGACGGUAUCCUCACAGCCAUAUGCCGCAUUCCCCAUCAACCACCCAAAUCCACUGAGUCUGGCUCCCACUCGUGAGCAUUCCGUGCAAGGCGUCCCUCCGUCUUACACACAAAGCGCUGUUGGAUAUUUGCAGCCGGCUCAUCAUUCCCCGGGCCACACGGCAAUUGAAUAUUCGAGCAGCGCCCCGGCACACAGCACGGCGCCUCGACCCUAUCCGCAGCAGCCAAACCCCAACUAUGCUGGCAACUUACCAUACGGGGCACAGCCAGCCUUGACGCAGACGUUCUCGUCAUCUUUGCCGUACCGCACUCACCCAGACAGCCUUUCGACCUCUUUCUCGGGCAGUGCAGGUCCCUCGUCCGCCGCAAGUUCUUACGACCAUCUGUAUGCCGCCAGCUCUGCAGCAACGACGCCCAGCGCGGCAAACACGCCGACACACCCCUUGACACCCACACUUGCGGGAAUGGGGAGCUGGGACAAUGAACAGCGCUCCGAUUAUCCCCGCAAUUCACACGUUGAGCGGAGCGGUCGCGAGGGGCUCCCUCCAGACAAGAGACGCGGCGGCCAAUCGUCCAAGUCACGCAAAGAUGACCAGAAGAGCAGCGACUUUUGCCCUCGCAAAGAGGACGAUAUGGAUGAAAGUGGAAUUGGCGCCGAACAGAUACGGCCCGGAACAGCCCGGAACAGCCCCACAGAAGUCGCCCAACUGGACGCCGACAAGAUUGUCCAUCUCGAGAUAUGCGACGUCAAGAAGCGUGCAAUCAAGAAUGCGCUCUCGGCGUAUACUGAGCAUUACAAGCGCGUCGCUCACAAGGGUGUCGUCAUUCCACUUGACCCGUUGUACGGUCUGGCUAUCAACUACAUCGUCUUCUACUGGGCCAUCGAAAGCACGACCCCGGCUCUCGGUAGCCUCUCGCUCGCCGUUGAAAACCUCAUUGGCGGCGGCUUCCCUCCCAGGCAAUGCACCCACGGCACUCGCUACAACCUUGGAAGUGCUACACGCCGUGACGCCCUUGCGAUGUCAUCAAAAUCACCCCUUACUUUAUCAGCAAGGCUGGAAUGUGGCGGCCACUAG